UAAUGCCAGGUGGGAGUGUGGACGAGAGUAUAUAUUGCUGAUGCCGCCCUGUGUUCAGACAGUCUGAGGUCUCUCCUCUACGAACCACGUGAUCACAGCGAGAAGUACAGACGUGUCGAUAUGGCCGCCUCACACUCACCUCGUCUCACAAUCGUGAUGCUACUGGCUCUCACCUUUGUGGUGACUGUCACCUUGGGUGGCUGUCCUGUAGAUAAAGGUUACGAGCUUUUUGACAAUCAUUGUCUGAAGCUGUACUCUGUCCAGCAAGACUACCAGACUGCCAGAGCGAGCUGUGAAGCUGAUGGAGCUCAUCUCUUUCACUUCAAGUCACGUGAUGAGGAUGUCCCGGCCUUGCAGCAUCUGUUGACCAGGAGGGGUGAGGUGCUCCAGGAAAUAGGACAAGGUUUAUUGGUUGGAGCUAAUGACCUUGCAGUGGAGGGAAAGUUUGUGUGGAGUGACGGCACCUCUCUGCCGACAAAUACCGGACUCUGGGCCGUCAGUCAACCGGACGACUAUUUGAACAACGAGGACUGUGCUGAAGUCGGCAAUUCAAACGGUAUCGUGCUCAACGACGUUUCCUGCUCGUCGAAGCUGAAGUAUGUCUGUCAGGUAGACAUCAACAAGCCGUGAAUGACAAAUAAUGAGCUGUCAACAUUGUACGUUAGUAACGGUCAGUCCGCUGGUCUCAGUCUCCUUCUACUUUUACCAUGGCAUACUGGUCAUGUUAAAAUUUGACGAAAUAAAGAAAUAUUAAAAUCACUC